AUUGUUCCUCAGGACUUCUCUGGACCAAAGCCCUUUGACAGACCUCUUCCAGCCCCCAGCCCACCAUGGUUCCUGCAGGAAACGUCCUGUUCCUGCUUUUGCUCCCAGUGGCUGCAGCUCAGACGACCCCAGGUUCCUGUUCUGGCUGUGGGCCCCUCUCCCUGCUGCUCCUGGCGGGCCUUGUGGCUGCAGAUGCAGUUGUGUCACUGCUAGUCAUGGUGGUGGUGUUUGUGUGUGUGUGCCCACGCAGCAGGCCCACCCAAGAAUAUGGCAAAAUCUACAUCAACAUGCCUGGCAGGGGCUGACUCCCCAGUAACUGCGACAUAGGACUUCUGACCCUGUCAUCCUGGAUUGUGUGUGGCGGCACAGGAAAUCCAACCCUCUUCUGGGCUGGAAUAAAGCAAUUGAAAUAC